AUGGGAAACCUCCAACGGGUUUUUGUCUUUCUUUUUAUUACAGUGUUGAUCCUGACAAUACUGCUCGCAAAAAUGACAACUUUCUUCGACAAUGUUAACUACACACGUUAUUUAUUUGCAUCGAAGGAGACUCUCCCGACGUCUCAGUGGUUGAUGGCCGAAUCGAUUUCAACUUCUUUGAAUAAUUCAAAUUUGACUCCCUCGAAAAUUGCGGCUCUGAAUCCCACAAAGAAUGGGGCAUUAAGACGCCAAGAAGACACAGUUUCCCGUCAGACAGCCGCCCCCACAAGGUACACGGCCCACACUUCUCCAAAAGCGGUAACGUUGGAAAGCACUAAGAAUGUAACUCUUUCUUCGGUCUCUGAUGGUAAAAAGUACCUUAUCUAUCGUUGCAUGGGAGGAAUUGGCUUUAACAAAUAUUUUUUCUUUUCUUUGGGAUUCUUUAUUUCUUUCCAUCUUUUCUUUUUCUUUUCUUAUUCACCGUUUUCUUUCUUUCUUUCUUUCUUUCUUUCUUCUUCUAGUCUUUCUUUCUUUCAACAAGAGAAAAAAUUCAGGAUGUGA